UCAUCGCCUUACAAAAUAUAAAUGAUAUUGGUUAGAAGAAUUAUCUGACAUCACUUACGCCCCGCCAACCAUGAUGAUUCGUACACACAUGGGGAGAUGCAUUUUUCAGUUGACGAGAAGCAGUCAGAAGGUGUUAAGAAGACAUUCAAUUGACCUUCAGCUGUUGAAAUAUAGACAGUCUAGAGGCUACCAGAUGGGGAGUAAUACUAAAGUUCAGAAGGACCAGGGGGACUGGAUAGUGGACUUGCGGAGUGACACUCUCACAAAACCUACUCCUGGCAUGAGGCAAGCUAUGGCCACAGCUGAGGUAGGGGAUGAUGUUUUUGGAGAGGAUCCUACAGUCAAUGAAUUACAAAAAAGAUGUGCUGAUUUGUUCGGGAAAGAAGCAGCGCUAUUUGUGCCAACUGGAACAAUGGGGAACCUUAUUUCUAUCUUAAACCAUUGCCAAGGAAGAGGUGUAGAGGCUAUUAUUGGUGAUAAUAGUCAUAUCUUUCGAUAUGAGCAAGGAGGGAUAGCACAGUUUGCUGGUGUGAUGUCAGCUAUAGUACACAACCAAGAUGAUGGUACUCUAAAUCUGAAGGAACUGAAAAGUAAAAUACGACCCCUUGAUGACCCCCACCAACCUCACACACGACUCAUAUGUCUGGAAAAUACCCAAAACUGUUGUGGUGGCAAAGUCCUGCCUGUCAGCUACAUGAGAGAGGUGUACAACCUUGCCCAGGAGAAUAACCUCCUAGUUCACUUGGAUGGAGCGAGGAUUCUGAAUGCAGCAACUGCCUUAAAUAUACCAGUGUCAGAAAUUCUACAGUAUGCAGAUUCAGUCAAUAUGUGUUUUUCUAAGGGUUUAGCUGCUCCAGUAGGAUCGAUUAUAGCAGGGACAAAGGCCUUCAUAGCUGGAGCUUUGAGGCUAAGGAAGGCAUUAGGCGGUGGAAUGAGACAGUCAGGAAUCCUGGCAGCUGCAGCACUUUAUUCAUUAGAUCACAUUAUGCCACGUCUCGGGGAAGACCAUGUCCACGCCAAGAUGAUAGCAAAAGGGAUAAUGUCUGUGGACCAGAAUGUCGCCACUCUAGACGUAGAAGAUGUACAUACCAACAUAUUGAUGAUAACUGUUGUGUCAGAAACAGUGACUCCAGAGAUGAUUGUUAAAAGACUAGCAGAGGUACCAGCUGCCGAGGAAAGUGAGCUCGGAUGUAGAAUUAUCAUCAAGGGGAUGCCAUGGGGAGUCAAACUGUUGCGUUUAGUUACUCACAACGAUAUCACUACAGCUGAUGUCGAGAAAAGCGUGCAAAAAAUUCAGUUUGUCCUCAAAGAAUAUUCAUCUUAAUGUCACUGCCUCAAAUAAUAUUAUUGAAAAAAAAAAGGAAAAUUUUAUCACAUAUUGUUGGUGAAGCAGUACCCAAGAGAUAUAUAUGUUAUUGAUAUACAGCUAUACACUCAGGGCUCGUCCAGAUAUAGUUGAUUGCUGGGAAAUUUUAACCACAACCAUCCAACUAUUUUUUUGUGGGGUUUCCUCGAUGUAUGUAUUACUUGUUAUCUAUUUUUGUUUUAGAAUUGUUUGGAAAUUACACAUAACUGUACAUAUCAAGAUGAUAUACCGGUAUGUGAUUAAUCAUCAAAAUUGAUAAAGGUGUGGGUUUUACUAUUCAGAACAUCCAUAAAUGUAUGUGUUUAACAUUAAAUAUGCAUGUGCCAAAAAAAAGGACACAAAUUCUAAAGCUCAAUCAGUAUGAGUGUAAUUCGGAAAGGGAAAGUGGGGCUAAACUGAUGUAAAACCUGGGACAGGUGCUCUAACUUAAAACACUUCUGGAAAUUGAAGAGACACAGACUUAUGUAGAUAGUGUAAAUUGCUUUAAUUUUGCAUGAAACCUCAAAUGCAAUUUCAAAAUCGUGUGAUCUUUAUCAUUACAUAAACACAAAAAGUACCUUGAAUUUGGGACCUGACAAGCAGCCAUUUUGGUUUAUUGACAGCCAGCAAUUGUUAUCACUAUUUCAGGAGAAGUAUUUGAUGAAUCAUUCUCGACUCUCAGGUGCAGAUCCAACGUUUUCUCUAGUUUUGCAUGGCCAAAAUUUUGUAUGUAGGUUCCCUAUUGGUCACUUGUGCCCUUUCGAUUUUGGUAUUAAUCAGAAAACAAAAUGGCUGACAGGUAGCCAUCUUGAAUUUUGAUUAUUCAAGUUUGUUAUAACUAUUUGAAGUUUUUGAUGGAUCAUUCAGAAUGUUUUAAAGAUCGUAUAAUAAAGAGAAAAUCAAAGAAAAAAUAGAAAAGACCAAAUGACUGUGGGUUCCAAGAUUCCUCGUUAUUAUGGUUUAUUCUCAAGGAACACCUUCAAAAGGACUGUUACUUUGUAUUCAGAUUUAUCAUUUUUAUAUCUAAUGUGUGUAUUAUUUUAAACCACUUUUUUUUUAUAGAUUUUAUCUAUGCAGUAUUAUUUCAUUUACCUUACCAGCAUUAUUCUAUUUACAAGAAAAUAAUUUCAAUGUUAUUGUCUAUAUCAUUACGACUGUGGAAGAUUUGAAGUAAAAAUUAUUUAACAAGAGUACUACGAGGUGGAAUAAUAUACAUCCAUUACUUUCCAAGAAAUUCAGGAUUUGUCAUAUCAAGAAUACAAAUAUGGAUAUGAUAACAAGUCAAAAUGUCCAGUGGGAAAUAUGUUAAGGACACAAUUUUACAUCAUGGUGAUUAAUAUUAAAAAGUUUGAAAGAAAUUGAUCGAAAACUCGAGAGAUCUCUGGAAAAGAUGAACAUUAUGAAUACAUCAAAGGAUGGUAGAUCUUCCAACUGCUCUCGAAUCAAACUGACGUUUAGGAAAACACAACUUCAUGUUGUGAUGAUUAAGUCUACUAAGUUUCAAAGAAAUCAUUUGAAAACUGUGGAAGGAGAUCACACUGAUGAAUAAUGCCAUACAGUAAUACAUCCCAUCAGAAUUUUUGGAUGCAUAUUAAACCUAGUUAUGUUGUGACUGUGUCAAGACCAUGCUAAUUUCAUACUAAUCAUAAUUUUUGGAGUUCAUGAUGUUCAGUUGAAUUGUAAGGGCACAGAUUACACAUCGCUGUUGAGACAAGUAAACUAUGUUUAGAGAAGUCAGCUUGGUUAUUACAAUGACUAAUUAACAAACUAAUAUCAGCAUUACACCCAUUACAUAUAAAUUGCCUUAGAUUUUUACUGUUUCACUAGUCAUGUCAGGGCACCACAUUCAUUGUGGCAUCACCAAAGGAAGAGAUAAGCAGUGAUAAUAUAUCUCCAGUUUAGAUUUUAUAUUGGUGAUUGUUGUUUUGCUGAAUGCUUUCAAAAACGUCUAUCAAAAUUUGUUGAUCUGCUCCCAUAUGCUUGGUAAAUUUAAAAGUUCUCCAAACCAGUAAUCAUUCGUUUCAUAAUUUUUUAAAAUAAAAUAUAAGAGAUAUUAUAAUCCCCAAACUACCAUAAAAGGUACACAGCAUUGCCUCGUUAUUCAGAAAAUCCAGAGAUAUGUCCCCAUUGCUUUCAGAUAUUUGUAAAAUUCUAUCCAGCUUUCUCAAUAUUUUCUUUGUGUUGGAUAGAAAUAAGAUAUGAAAAGAUACGAAUGCCUAAUCAUUGAAGGGACAUCACUUCAAAAAUUAUGAUCAUAUGAUAGCAGUUACCACACCUAGCUGAAACAUCAGUUUUGACCAGCACAGAAGCAGAUGGUAAGCUGUAUGCCACUUUUAUUUACCUUUGUAGCAGGAAAAAUUCUGGUGACUAAAUACUACAUUAAUAUCACGGGUAUAUUUGGUAUUGUGGAAUAAUUUUUGUUUACAACUUAAGUAUUGUAUUGGACUGUAUAUUGUUUAUUUCAAAGUUAAAGUCCUUUUUUUAAACUGUGAAAUAUACUGUUUAUAUUGUGUGUAUGAAUUCUACCUCCAUAUUGAAUCUAUUCCAGAUCAUAGUCCAAAGGAUUUACAAUCUAUCUGCAAUUUUAUUUCUGUUUUGUGUCAUCAUUCCAUGGAUGUUUGAUUUAUAACUAUCACUUUGUAGUAAAUUAUGUAAAACAUUGAAUGCUGAACCAUGUACUGGUCGCUAAAACCCUGCGGGACAAAGACAAAAAUAAAAUCAGAUAGAAUACUUUGGACCAACUAAGUCAUUGAUACGUGGUACAAAGCUUUAAUUACAUUACCAUAUCAGUAUGUGGUAUCAUACAUAUGUAUAUGAUUUCCCUUACAUGAUGUUGAAUACCUCUAUAUCAGAUUGUUGUGACUCAAAAAAUAUAUCUUUUUAAGGUAUAUACUUAUUUCUCACAUAUUGUGGACUUAUUGCCAAGAUUUUUUGCAUGAUAAAUACCAAGUGAUAAUAAUAGGGCAUUUUGAUUUUACACAAUUGUUUUUAUAAAUAU